CCCUCCUCCGCCAACCUACUCCAGAUUUUCAGCCUCUCUCACCUUUUCUCUCCCCUUCCCUCCCAAUCUGCACACAAACCGACCGUCGACCCUCCCCUCUACCCCAUCCCGGUCCCUCAACCCCAUAUGAUAUUUCUCUACGCCUCGAGAGUCAACCACCUACUCCGUGCUCUCGUCGCAUUCGUUCUCGACACCUACUCAGGUUUCCCCGCGCCGGAGCGCACCUCGUUCCGACACCAUGUCUGAAUUUCUAGGCUCCCGCAUAUCCCUCAUCUCCAAGAGCGAUAUUCGGUAUUCCGGUAUCUUGCACGAGAUCAAUUCCGAAGAGUCGACCGUUUCCCUCGAGAAUGUCAAAUCUUUUGGCACCGAAGGACGAAAAGGCAACCCUGAGGAAGAGAUAUCACCUUCCGAUCAGGUCUACGAGUAUAUCGUGUUCCGAGGUAGCGAUGUGAAGGACUUGCGUAUUGAGCAGCCCGCCCCCUCCAAGGAGAACCAGCCUAAGGUCCCAGAUGACCCUGCCAUUGUUGGGGCUCGUGCCCGCCCCGCAGGCGCCCUCCCACCUGGUCCGGGCGCCAGCCAGGCUCCUGGCGCCCCAAACUUCAACCCGUAUCAGCCAACGGCGUUCUACCCGCCACCUCCUCCUGGGCAGUGGGGACGCGGCGGUCCAGGUCCCGGCCCUGGCCCCGCGCAAGGCUUCAACGGAAUGCCUUAUCCUCCACCGCCCGGUUGGUUUCAUCCUGCCCAAGGCUUCCCCCCUGGCGGCCCUCCUGGAGGUCCAGGUGGCCCAGGCCCGUGGAACAGCUUCGGAUACCCACCCGGUCCGGGUCCCCAGGGGCACCCAGGUGUGCCGGGUCAGGGACUGAGGGGAGCACCGCAGCAAGACAACAAACCGGCUCCUAUCGGUGCUGGUGCCGAUAAAAGACUGGUUGGUGUUGCCCCCGCGGUUGAGUUGCCUAGGGAUCCUAAGUCGCAUGGACAGCAUCCCGCGCAGCCUGCUCCCGCGGGUACUGCGCCGGCCCCUGUCGAGUCAAAGGCGAGCGCAGCAGAAGUCAAGGCUACCGCCGAGUCCCUCCCGAAGAACAACGGACCGCAAUCUACGUUUUCGGAGACAAAGACUGGCCCGAUCGGUUCUAGAAGUAACCGGAUCACCCCUGCUGUGCCGACUCCCGCUGCGAUCCUCUCGAAAGCGAGCUCGCAAACCCCUACUGCUCCUGCAUCAGUGAAACCCUCGACCGACAACGGCAACGGACCUACAAGCGCGGGUAGUCUCAAAGAUGCCACUCAAGCUGCGAAGGCCGCCGUUGCUGUGGCAAUGGCGAAGCUCAAUAAUGCUCGCGCGACGGAGGCUCCCGCUCCUCCGACGGGGGGUAACGCAAUGGAUAAUUUAACUAAGAAGGUGAACGAGAUGCGAAUGAAUGCUGCUGCCAGGCCUACCUCGAAUGGCCGAGGACGUGGCCGAGGCGCCCGUGGUGGUGGCCCGGGCAAGGUUGACGUCCCAAGCACCGAUUUUGAUUUCGAAGCCGGCAAUGCGAAGUUCAACAAGCAAGAUCUUGUGAAGGAGGCUAUCGCAGGCUCGCCCCUUACCGAUCCUUCGAACGGAUCUUCGUCGGAGCAUGCAACGGCCGAUGAUCCUACCGUGCCCCCUGCUUAUAACAAGACGAAGUCAUUCUUUGACAAUAUCUCUAGUGAAGCGAAGGAUCGUGCGGAGAAUGGCGGCCAGAAGCCGGGCGGACGUGAAUGGCGCGGCGAAGAACAGCGCAAGAAUAUUGAGACUUUUGGUCAGGGCAGCGUUGACGGCGGUUACCGUGGUGGUUACCGCGGCCGGGGUCGCGGACGUGGCGCUCCCCGUGGCCGCGGAUUCGUCCCCCGAGGACGAGGAAAUAUACGCGCCGGCCCGCAAUCCGAUAAUCAACACGAUCCAGUUGCCUAAACGUUUAGCGCGGGGACACGCGCUGUCGGCAGAUCACCUCAGGUUAUUUCGGGUGCUAAAAUGACAGUGAUUUGCGGCCUUAUACG